CAUCACCAAAUUCGAGCUUCCAACAGCCUUCACCCUCCUCACCCUGACGGACUCUCUGGCCAAGCUAGCUUGCAUGACACCGAGCCUUCUGGUGCUUGGUCGACUGCAAAGCUUCGGCGCCCUUGAGACGGGCAAAUGCGAACGCUGUGGUCUCAAGUCUCCAGACCCAAUUUGGCUGGUUCCUUCACAUCCGCUCGGUCUGCGAAACAGAGCGAGACAACCACAGCCUCUGUGGCUCGAGUCCUAGCCCGACGGACCACUACCGCACCCGCUAAACGCCGUUUGACCUUCAACGAUGCCUUUACCCUGCUUCUCACCCCUGUUUUUGGCACCGCCUUCGUGAUAGACACCAGUUGGAAAGAGAAGCAACGAAAAGAAUGGGAGAGGAAGCUUGCCGAUGUGAAUGGUGAGAUAGCCGAGCUUCAUGCUCGAGCACAGCGUUAUUCCUCCCUGAGUGAUGCGGUCCUCUACAAUGCUCGCAGGCAACAGCUUCGCGAAUACAGUACAGUCUCCCGGUAUCAAUCUCAACCGGAACCCUUACAGUCUGGAAUUGUUGAUGAUCCGGAGGAGUGGCAUUAUGGACAAGUUCCUACUGAGGAUGAAUACUCACACCAUAACGACGAUCGACUACACAACUAUUCUCCCGAAGAAUUGGCCGAUGCCUUCAGAUUCCACCGCCUUGUCGCUACCUUGUGCGCCCUAAGGAUGCUCACUCACUUUCAAUUGUCUGGCACACCGCGGUUUGUCCACUAUGAUGAUCGAGACAUCAGCCGGGGUGGCAUGAAUUCUGAAAUUCAAGAGCUAGACUCCCAGAUGAACAUUAAUCAGCUGGUUGACCUCACCAAACAUACACGAUCUCAAAUCAGGUUAAUCCUGGACAAGCAACUUGACCUGAGAGGCAUGGCCUCUGUUAUAGAAGAUGCAAUGCGGAAGGAUAGCUUUCAGAACCGCAUGCGCCAGUCAUUCGACGACAUGAUGGCUCGAAACUGCAACGUGUACACCCUUGUUCAAACGUUCGCUGAAGGUUUGGCCCAAAAUCCUCAGUCGGUGCCUUCCAGUUCAACAUAUUCCCAUUUUCUGCACGUUCUGUGCAAUUCAAAGUACGAAGGAACCCUUGCCUACUAUGUCGUGAGCGCGCUGAAGUCGAGCGAAUUACCCUUGGACGACCGCACCGUCUACACCCUGAUUACACAUCUCGGCAAGACGCGAGAUUUCAUCCAAUUCGACGCUUUCUUACAAGGAGUCAUGAGGAAGCCUCCCGCGCAUUAUUUCAACACGAGAACCCCUUGGGUGCCGGUCCGCUACAAAGGAAUAUCGGUGCCCACCCCCGCAAACCUCAACUCACAAAUUCUCAAGAGUCUGGUUCGCACAGCAGUAAAGUGUGGCCAGAUGGACAAAGCCGACGCCUGGUUCUCAUCGAUCCAGGACGGGGGCAGCUCUUCUAAGGUGAAGGCACAUCUUUUGUACACCUUCCUACGACAUUAUUCACUUACGAUGAAUUGGGAACAUGGGAGAAUCUGGAUAGCAACUUGCCUCGACAACGUUGUAUCCUUCCUCUCGGCUGUGACGAGUAAUGUCAUUUCGGUCUUCAUUUUCAGAAUGCUGGAUCUCUGUGUGGCAUGUGAACGAGCCUCUGAAUACACCGUCAUCCUGCAAGCUGCGGUUGACGCUGGCAUUCCCCCGCCAGAAACAAAUCCCGACUUCCCCGUGCGUUAUACUCAUCGCGGCCUACGCAUCCUAGAGGAGUGGCGUGCGCUCUCAAUACACGCAGCUUUUGAAACGCCCACAGAUGAGUUGAAGGUGCGGAAGUUCGCUGCCCUAUGCGCUCCCAUCAUGGAGACCAUCUCAAAGUCUCGAAGUGCAAGCUUUCAGGAGGUUGAGCCACAGCGGUUAACACAGUCGGCGCAAGACAACGAGCGCAGACUCGCAAUGGUCGAUCCUGGUAAGACAACCGCACCGUACAAAACGGAUAGUUCCAAAUUACGCCAUGACUCCCGUGAGUCACAGACAUCUGCGCCAAUCGUCAAGGGCAUCGAUUUAGAGUUGCGAAUGCAGGCAAAGAUUGCAGAGACACAAGGCCUCCUUGAGUUGUCGCAACAAAGGCUACAAGAACAAAAUAAUCUCAUCAACGAAUUGAAGCAACAACUUGCAGCAAAGGAGCAGGAGCAUAACGAAGCAAUGACUGCAUCGAGACAACACCUCCAUGACUCUGAAGUGGUUAUCCAUCACCAAGCCGAGAGACGAGGAACACUAAGAAGACUGCCAGGUGCUAUUCACGGGUUUGCCAUUGAUUCAAAAGCAAAUUACUCCACGUUUGCACUGAAAAAGGGCCGGCAGUAUUCUAACAAAGCCAAUAGUGAGUGGAGAAAAAGCAAUCGACCAAAUAACUCGGUACUAGUGGCACAAGACUCGAAUGUUGACUGCAAUGUGCUGCCGUCUGAAAGGAGCCCUGCCACGAGAAGUGACAAGGAACCAAACAUGGUAACUGUCGGCCACUCACAUCCUGAGCCUACUGUUUCAGAAUUGCUCUUUGGAGAACAUACUUGUCCCCCAGAUAAAAUGAUAUCCGCUUGGAUGAGUUCCCACAUCUCCACCGACGAGUCUCACCCGUACGAUAAGAAUGAAACACCAGUACGACUUACGACGCCUGACGCCAUCCCGCAUGGAAAUGUCGACUUCCGAGGACCCGUCUAUUCGGGGAAAGCCUCAGAUCUCACGGCAGAGCAUCGGUUCGAUUUAUCACAGGUGGGGAAGGUGCUCCCAGAAGCCGGAGAGCGACGUUCCCAAGGCGAUGUCGUUUCCAUCACAAGGCAUUUCGUCGGCAAGCGGCGCCGUGGGAACUGGGGUUCUCCUUUCUCCAAAAACGUGCGUCUCCCUGAUAAAUCUUUUGCAGCCAAAGAUGCUGCUGCACAAGUUCAGGAGCACGAGGAACGCCGUGCGACAUUUGUCGUUAGACACGUUUCUCUUGACCCUGCACAAGAAGGCAGCAAAUCAUUCUCAGGUGUAAAAGCUGAUUAGUAGGGAUCUCACCCUGAUUCGAGAUCAGCUGCCAAUCGUCCAAAACAUGGAUCUAGUUUCCAAAAUCGGGACACCAAGACACUAUUCAUCGGAAGUCUUGCGAGGAGCUCAGUACAUAUGAACAGACAGCACUGCAACGUAAGAGCCGUGUACAAAUAUGAUAUAGAUUUCCAAUCAAUCCUCCCGAGCUCCUGCUCUCACUCCUGUUGAUGUGUGAGACAGUCUGGUCGUCCACGAGUGGGCUCCCCUUUACGCAUAGUUGGACGCCAUGACGUGGUGGUGAGUUGACGGUGGACUCCAUGGUGUCAGAAUGCCAGAUAUCGGGAAGUGAAGGAAACUCGGCCAUUAUUCUCCAAAGGCUGUUCGGAUAUGAUCAUGACAUACUUCUGCAAGCACCGCUGACGGAGAAAUACCGUUCUCUGACCACUACCUACCAUAUGGUUCAUGACUCAGGCCAUAUCAAGUCAGACGCAGCAAACCAAGCCUCAGAGUUUCCGAGGAAGUCAAAACUACCAAAGUCCAUUCUCUCUAAUGCCUGGAACUGGUUAAACAUCAACAGGUUUGCAUUUUCAUCUUCUCCAAGACUUGACGAAGAUGGAAUUGUGUUCCCUGAUUGUUGUCCUGUCUGUGGCAGACCUGUGCUCGAGUCAUCGGGACAAAGGUCCAAUGUUACUCUCAAGAGCGCUUCAAGGCUCUGUGAGAAGCUUACUGAGAUAUGGAGGUCGUCGGGGGAAGAUCUCUUCGCGGCUCCCACGAGCGCGUGGAGCAACUUCGUGUUCUCCAGUAUCUCGCCCGGUCGUGUUGGCAGGAUGAGCGAUGCCUGUUUAGAGAUUAGUGGACAGAGCAAGGAAAAAACUCAUCGACACAUACUUUGAUCAAAUAUAGACUUGUUGGAAUAAUGUAUGCCCAAAACCGUACUGGAGCAUACCGCAAGAGGUUCAAUGGUUCCAAUGAAUACACCACAAUAGACAACAGCUCUUGACUAGCCUGCUUGGUGACAUGAGCGAACUGUGAGUAUAGAUGGGCGUUCCCUCCUGUCGCUUGAUCUUGCGGAUGGCGAUUGGCUUCAUGGUGCCGCCAGAAUGCCAGCGCAGGAGAGAAACUGUACAACAGCGAGUACCGAUACUCAAUGUCCAGCAAAUGGUGCAGUGUCGAGCUUGAGCCUAGAUUCAUUAGCUGGUGUCGCGCAUUCGCGUGUUGGGCCAAAUUGAGGCAUACCUUCGAUUCCAGUCUUAUGUCGACGCCGCCAUCGUGCCAGAUUUCUCUGUAUGUGUUCAAGUGUUGGCAGAACAUUGGGCGACUCAUAUUCCGAUCCUGGUCGACCUGUGGCUAAAGCCUGAAUCGAUUGUCUGGCUUUCCGAUGUUCAAUAUACAACUCCAGCGUGCUUUCCCAGAUGAAACUAUCAUCGAGACAGCUUGCAAAAGAAGCCGAGAGACGAGUCAUGACCGUUUGCCGCGCACUUUCGCUCAACAGAGGCUCUCUCCCAAGCCGUAAAGCCAGGUUCUCGUCCGCCAUAAACAGAAACACACAGAGCAGUUUCGUCCAUUCCUGUUCGGCCUUCUCGGUUUCUGAACAUGCCGAAGAUUUGUGCUGUAGAGGAUUCUCAAAACAUCGGCCUUCAUGUGCCAGGGAGAUCGCUACCGAAAGAAGGGUCCUAUCAUCAAGGGACUGCGUCAGAUCACUUUCCAGUUAUCCUAUCAAAAUUGGCAUGUGCUCCCGACGUACCAUGACAUUUUACUACUCCGAUGCGCAGCAGAUAGGAUAUUGAGCCUCUCUAGAGCACUCGCCGCUUCAUAGCUGUGCUGGCCUGCUGAUGGUAGCUUUGUGGUCUGCUCUAUUCCUCGGAGACCUGCUCGAGGCCGACGAGUUACGCCGUCCUCGAGAUCUUCGCAUAAUUGGGAAAGGUUGUUGGUGGCUUUUGAAUGCCACUCGAUUACGAGCAACAGUGAUGCUAUCGUUCCCAAAGACCUUGUGCAGUUAGAUCCCCAGAGAACAGUGUUCAAAUAUGUCUGAAGAUAUUUCCACAACUGCCAAUGGAUACGCUCGGAUCGAAUCUCGCCAUGGGGACCGGCCAACGGAUGCCAUCUUGAUGCGAGGACAAGCAACGUGAUGGUGAGAAGAGGUUCUCUGUCAAUCAAAAGAACGUCUUUUGAUCUGUCUCGGUAGUGUCGUGGGAUGACUGGCUUAAAGUGCCACAAUGUCCUGAAAUAAAACGACAGAUAUUCUUGAACGUCUUGCUUGUUUAAGACGCCUGUUUUGAUGGGGACGAAGUGGGCCCAAAUCGCGUUCACUGUUGACUCAUCCAAACCAUUGACAGUGUCAAGUUGUUCUGCUGUGGGGACCUGGACCGUAGCGAGACGCAUCAGAGAUGGCGUUUCCAUCGGGAGUUGAACGCCAUCCCCUCUUCCGUCAGCCGCACGCGCAAAGAUCUCGAGAGCGUCAGUGGUUCUGUGAACGUCAGAAGUUAAAAUCCGCGAUCUGACGCUCGUAGGACUGUGAUCUUCUAGCGUCAACGUUGCGCUGUUCGGGGCCACAAUUGGCCUGUUAGAUUGGGGAGCUUCGCAACACACCGGCGUUAUUGCUGGAAGGGAUUCAGGUUGUUGUUCAUGUUGUUGCCCAUCUAUACGGAAACCAAGUCAGCUGAAACGUCAAUAUCCAGUGGCACAAGAAAAGAUUUACCGUAAUGACCGAAACUCGCAUCUUUAACCCGAGGCGUCUUACCUGGGGCUGGGUUAGUUGGUCGAGAAUGAUCCUGUACUGGCCUUAUCGGUCGCAUUUCACACUCUUUUAUUUCUGCGACACAUCUUGUGCAUGGUUGGGGACGGCCCUGAUAUGGUUCACAGCGACAUUUACGUUUGCGACAGCUUUCGCAAGACAUCCAUGUACGACGUCGUCGCGAACCAAGGGGAGAAUGGGCUUGAUUGGGUGGCAGGAAUGCCAAUUGAACCCCAUUUCCUGGACUUUGGUCUGACUCUUUUGCUGUCAUACUCUUAUGGGUUUCCAACGAAGGGGACUUUGACGGCGAGUGCUGAAGAAGAGCAACCGAGGAAGAAGCAGAGAGACUAAGUGACUUGCUUUUACUUGAAUCAACACCACUGGGGCACACACCUCACUCCCGAGCCGAGACAAGAACUCAAGAUCGAUGGUAGACCCCACAAUUGACUUGGAUUGGGUCACGUUGUGGAGGACGAGACCAGCGGUUAGUCGAACGAAAUCAGCCACCAUAUAUGUCACUACUCGGAAACCCGAUUGACCCUAUACCUUCGGGUGCUCUAAAUAUGCAGAGGUGUGACUUGCAACCAAUGGAAAAACAGAUUUCGUCAUGCAUGAACGAAUAGUUUACUUGGUUUUCUGUAUCAUCUUGAGCAUCUGGGAGUUCUCUCUACCCGCCUUCAGAAGCAAGCCAAAGUCUUGUUGACCGAGAAUCCACCUCGCACCCCAUUCAUUGACGCAUAUGUCCAUUAAAUCCGGACGAUGCUCAAGACCCCCGAAACCCCAAUGUUUGUCAUGUUUCUUGCAAGCCUUUGCUACUUUUUCCAGACAGCAGAGAAACUUGGGGUGAUCCCACUCACCCAGUGUGCCAAUAUUGGAUGCGAGAUCAUAACAGCCUAUAACAAGUAUAUCUGCUCCAGGUAGAUUUGCAAUAGCAUCAGCAUUGUCGGCUCCUAAGCCGGACUCAAUGAUGAGGGCGACAACUGAACCGCUCUGGUCCAGUAGUGGUCCUGUAAUCGUUGGAGGGAUCGGAGCCAUGUCAAACUGAGGCAACGCGCCAGUGAUGGACCGGCCCCCUAGAGGGGGGAAUUUUGUGAUGGAAAUGGCUUUUUGCGCUUGUUCUGGGAAAGACAGACUGGUGAGAAAGGUCGACAAACAUGCAUGUGUCGAGGAAAUUGUCUCACCAACAGUAUCAAUAUGAGGCACAACCACACCCAUGGCUCCUGCGUCAAGGGCUUUCUGGAUCAUCCCAUCACCACAUUCGUGUGGCACCCUGAUGAAAGGUGAAACACCAGCUGACAAUGCUGCGAUGCAUAUCUGACCUGCAUCCUUGAUGGUGAGGGUGGAAUGCUCAAGAUCGACGAAAAGGGAAUCGUAGCCAGCGGAUUUUGCAAUAUGAACAAUUUCGACCCCUUUCAAAAUCUUUACACCCAGAGACUGCCAGAUUGAUCAGUGAAGUCCUUUCUGGGAAGACAUUGACAUAAUUACCACAUUGACUUGGUCCUUUGCAAAGGACUCGAGGAGAGUAUUCUUGUGAAUUGUGGGCGACAUAUUUGACUUCUUCCUGGCUCACUCCUAGAACUAGCUCCCUGGCGUUGUCUUUCAACGAAGUACAUCACUUCUUUACAGCUAGCAGUGUUUGCUGGAGCAUGCCCGAUCUGGGGCCCCGACUUGCCGAAGCCGUCAUUCUAUUGGGCCCAUUUUUCGUGCAAAGUAUCCAGAUGAUACGAAACUCUGGCCCAGAAUUCGAUUCCGGUCGUACAGUGAGGAUUGGGUUACAGGUCACAACCAAGCUAGCCGAGUCCUUUCGGGCCAGGCCGCAAUAUCCGAUACUGUUAAGGGGUAAUCAAUAUAAGGCUGCCGACAGAUUCGGAUGCUUAUCGGAUAGGCUAAUCUACGUAUACGUCUUGGAGUACUAGUAGGAUCCGAGGCCAAGAGUUGUUGACCCGUCGAUGCAUGUGUGAGCCUAUACUCGAUCAAAUCUGGGCCGAAGAACCACGUUGAAAAGCUCUAGCCGGGGAAACGACAUGAUCAAAGUGGAAGAUAAGCUAGGCUCGGCUCUCCAAGGCUCUGAGUCGAGACCAAUGUCGACAAUGCAAGUUAGCUUGAAUGACCUGAACACGAGGUAUGAGGAGUUGUUGCCGAGGACGGGGUACGCGGAGACAAAGUCCCAGUUCUCCAUGUUGACCCGCGUUUCAUUAGUUUGAAAGCAAUUUACGGAGUGACUAUCCCUUAAACAUGAGCAUCUCGCACUAAAACUAUACCACAAGCCCUUGACCCGAACACCAAGCCAGCGGCACACCGCCUUCCAUCACCGAACUAUACCACCGAAUUCCUGACAUCCUUGGAAAACAAAGCAUCUCUCUUGGACUCAGUCCACCAGAGAUACCAGGGAAUGAUAGCUUGACGGAGCCGAAAUUGCCACGGCGUCAUGAAUUGUGCGCUCUUCCAUCUGGACUGGGUCUCGAUUCGGGCGGAAUCAAUCUCGGGUCUGCGGAUCGCAAUGUAUUCCUGGAAAACAGCUUGCAGGUCUUUUGCUCCUCGCUUGCCAAAGACGGUGGCCAAUAAUACGGCGUCUUCCAAGCAGAAGCCGGCGCUUUCGCCAUUUGGUGGCAUCUAUUUACCGUGUCAGUCAUUCAGAAAUCCAGUCAAGGUCUGGGUGUCGGAUGAGAGACACUUACCGCAUGGCAUGCAUCGCCGAGGAGCAACGCGCGACCUUUGCUCCACACGCCACUCCCUUUGAGUUCAUGGACCGGCCAGUAAAACUGGUCCUCCCAUUGCUGAAUGAUCUCUUUGAUCACUGGCGUUUUGACAUCGGCAUAUUUCUCAAUCAUGUAUUGCUUGGUCGCUUCGGCUUCUUCGGGAGUCAUGUCCCAUCCAUCAUGCGAAUUGGCCUGCUUGUCUAGCGACAAAGCCACGUACAUGUUGGACCUGUCUUUGUUGCAGUAUGCCGUGACCAGAAAGCCAUGUUCGGAUAGAUUCACACAGGCAUCCUCAAAGUGGACUGGCGAUUUCAGCGUCGCUGUUUUCAACACUCCUCCUGCUGCGACCGUGCCUGUGUACUCGGGCUUUCUGCUAGGGUCGACAUACUUCAGACGGGUGGCUGAGUAGAUGCCAUCACAUCCCAGCAGCAUUGCCCCUGAAGCCUUUCUGCCAUCAGCAAAUGUCGCUGUGAUGCUGUCCUCGUCCUCGGACACUGAAGUCAAUUUGGCGGAAUAGUGGAUAGUAAUGUUUUCUUUGGCAGAGGCAUAAAGCAACGAUUGUAAAAGAUCAUGCCGUGUCGCUCGAACUGCCGGAUAUCCAGUGAUGUCGGCCUUGAAUUUGUAACCCCCGAGUCGUUUGGCCUUUGGAAUGGAGAAGAUGGUCACUUCCUUGGUCCGGCUUCCUCUUCUGUAGAUUUCUUCCAAAGCCCCAACGUGGUCGAGAUAGCGGAGAGCAACGGGAGUGAGGUUGACAGCACCUCCAGCUGUGGCUGGGCCUGACCGUAGCUCGUAGACGACGACUGGAAUCCCCACUUUCUUGAGCGCGAGAGCAGCCGUAAUGCCACAGAUGCCACCUCCAAUGAUGACUGCCUGAGAAGGAUGUGCCAACAUCGUGCCUCAGAUGUGCAUGUGUAAUUGAUGGUUCGAGAACAGGUCGAUCUGGUUACUUCUGGGGGAAAGAAUGUUCCUAGAUCCGAAAUUUGUCGUCUGAGAGACAAUUGACACCUUAUAUACUUCAGAACCGGGGCUACUGGUCGGCUCAAUCCGAAGAUAUCAAACACAAGGAUGCUGAACCCCGGCCUCCAAGAGCCCUGACCUUGACUAUUCCGCCAAGAGGAGGCGGUUUGGCAUUCAUGUACCAUUUGGGUACUAGAUUGUCAGUCCACCUCACCGGAGGUCUCUUUUAGAUCACCUCGUAUGGAGAGCUUUACCGACACCGACGAUUUUGUAGGUUUGCUCUCCAUAUUAUGUCAACCACUCAUGAUGGCUGGCCGUUACAGCCUCAUCUGAGCCCAUUAAAGUCUUUGCUAACUUCAAAGAGACAAGCACGUCACCUGGUCACAGAAGUCCCACUGUUGAGCACCUGACUUAGGAUUCUAAUCACUAAGCCACGAGUAUCGACAGAUAUUUAACGUAUCGAGAGGAUGGCUUUGUUGGCUUGAAACCAAAUCAUGCCCUCUCCUAAGUGAAAGAGUCAUUCUAGUAGUUUAUGAACUUUCCUUUGGGCUUGACUAUAUGUUGGCUUGAAUCUGAUUAGAUCGCAGGGAGCACUUUCCCUGAACAAGCCCCAAAGCCGACAUUACCAAAGCCUUCGCUCAAUUUUGCCUGCGCAGUAAAGGUGAUGGUAUCGUUGUCCUCACAGAACGCUCUAAUCACGCUGCCUUUUGACGGAUCCUCUGCCUUCAUCUCAUAUGGGCUCGUGCCACCUAGUGUCUGCUCGAGUAGGCAGCCUGCUUCUGCUCGGGAGGGCCCUGACAAGGUGCCAGUUCCAAUAAGAUCACCUGUCUGCAAAGGGCAUCCACCGCAGGUGUGAUGAGCGAUCAUUUGUGCAAAGGAGAAUAUCACAUUAUUUGUGUUGCAAUCUGCAAUGCGGUAGUUCUCAGAGUUGGCUGCCAUGGUUUAGUGACUGAUUAGUCAUCCUAAGUAUCAGAUGAAUCCUUACCACCGAGUGUAGCCCUGAUGGGAAUGUCAUAGGC